GGAGUUUUUGAUUUUGUUAUUUGAAUUUAGAAUAUUUUGAAUUUGUUGGUUUAUUGAAUUUGGCCGGGGCAAAAGCAUUCCGCUGACCCCCGAGUACUCAAAUUCCGAACUCUCCAAAGAACUAUCGAACGCAGGUCGUGUAAUCGUGGAAAAGUCUAUCAGAAAACUGCAACGGGGAGAGUCCUACGACCUCAGUCAAUCGUUUGACGACAAAAAGUUUGUUAUCGACAAGAACGGCAAGAUUUUCGAACGGAAGAAGAAGGGCCGCCUGUACAGUCUAGGUGGAAACGAUCCGCCGCGGAAGUGUAAUCGCGGCCGGCUGGACCGGCUCAAGACCGUCGGCACGUUCGACAUCACCAACGAAAUCUCGCGGCUUAGCCAGAAGACCAUGAACAUGAACGAACGCAUCAUCGGUAACCAACUGUUUGCCCAGACCGUUGACGAGGUCGCUACCACUGUCAUCGGUAGUUCCACCGGAGGUAUCUGUGCCGGAUUGGUCCCAUGUAUAGCUACGGCUGCCUUCGGAGCCACUCUGACCAAUCCUGGCACCGAUACGGCCGACAGCGCACAGCGCUUACAACAACAACAACCCUUCAGUACCGCAAUACGACCAGGUAACGGUCCGACGCUACUGAAGCAAAACACCGAAGUCAUCCACCUGUCACCUCAUCAUCAUCUACCACCCAAUCAUCCACUGGUGCUGCAGCAACAGCAGCAACAGCAACUGAAAGCCGCCAAAAGCCGAAGCCUAAGUACGGGUUCCUACAUUACUAAAGAAUCGAGUGUUCAUUCUAGCAUAGAGAAGAUAAUCAAAUCCAAUAGCAAUUCCGAGUUGAACGAGAACGCGCAAAAGACGAUCGACACAAUUCCGAAGAACAAAUCCUUAGAAGAUAGUAGAACUAUGAAGCUCAACCAGUCACACUCACCGAUGCGUAAACCGAUUCUGCGCAAGUCCAAGAAGAUCAUCCGUACCGAUUCGGAGUUCCUCAAGGGCAACAUCUACGAGAAGGAGUCGAGCCUAUCGAGCUCACAGUACACACCGACGCACGAAGCGAAACGCCGCGAAUUCGCCGAGUACCGCAGCAGCAAUCCAUCCUCGGAGACGCACAAAUCGACCGACGAAAGUUCGAAAAACAUUUCAACGGACGAAAUCGACACGGUAUUCUCCGACACCAUGGAGCUGGAACAAAUGGAAGCCGACUACAAGAUGCAUUUGAAGAACAACCUGCAACGAGAAUACAAAAGCGACAGCGAUACCCUAGACGAGGUGGGGAAGAAACAACCAGACUACAACACGUGGAAGAACCAAAGCUACGAGAAUACGUUUGACAUCUUUGAAGAGAAAGAACAGGAACCGGAAGAGAGUGGGAGUUCUUCGAAAGAGCAAACGAAAACCGAAGAAGAUUCGAACAAAGAGAAAGAAAGGUCGAGGAGUACGGAAACUAGCAUUACGCGAAAAUCCAGCGAGACGGAUCUGAAAUCCAAACGAAGUGCAGACCGGCCGACGGAGCUAGAGCUGGGAACCUCGUCGGACGGUAGCAAGCACCCCUCGGUGGAUGGUUCCUUCGGUCACAUCUUCGAGAAAAACCUCGGCCGUUUCAAGAAGAUGAACAAACUGCUAAAGUGUAAGCGUUUCAGCACUUCGGCUCUGUACGAUAAGAAAAGUAAACCGAACUUCAAGGAAACCAUUUUCUUUGAAGGUAAAACCUCUCCCGCGAAAACAACCACGACGGAGCCCACCGGGCGAUCGCCGGUCAAGUCCUAUCACUCGCAAUCCAAAGUGUCAAUCACCUCUUCCAAGUCUUCCCUCUUCGGCACGAAGAAAAGUAACGUGUUCAACCUCAAGGGAAAGAAGUUUCUGUUCCCCACUAGCCAGAAUGCCACCAGUAAUGGCAAUGCGAAAACCUCCCCGAACAAGUCCAAGUCCAACAACGAGAUAAGCUACUUCAGGACCAAGUCCACCAAGGGUUCGAAGAAGUCGCUGAAGAACAAUAGUACGGCGUGCCUGAAUCUGGAGACCACGUGUACGUCGCCGCUGUCGGAAGCUUUCUACAACACGACCGGCAGCGUACGGCUCAGUGCCAUGGAGCUGUACGAGAAAUUUUGUUCGCAGGAUUUCAGCGGUCUGUACAAGCACGAAGCGUUGCGAGGUGAUCAAGCAGAUGGACAGGAUGGAGCGCACUCCGGACAGUACGAUCCGAACAGGAGUUUGGGGGCGAUACGGAAGUACAAACGAAGGAAUUUCAAGCUGCUGAGACAGAAAAGCGAACCGAAGUUCUCGUUCCGGACGGACACGUUGUAUGAGAACGAGGAUAGUUAUGACGACACGUGCUAUCCGGACGAGGAACAGAAAGACGAGUACGAGGAGGUGGAAGAUUACAACCAGUUUCUGUAUGAUGAGCAGUAUUACGAGGAAGAUAUCGAAAAUCUUAGCAUAGAGAAUAUUUACUAUCGGGGGAAUCUGGUGCGGGAGGAUGGCACCGUGGUGGAAGCGUACCAGUACCACGAGGAAGUGAUGGAAGAUGAAGAGGAAACGGAGGAAGAAGAGGAGGAGGAAGAGGAAGAAGAAGGAGAAGAGGAGGAAGAGGUUGAAGAGGAAGAUGAGGAAGAACAGUGUGAAGGAGGGAUAGCGAUAGUUGAUGGAAAUUUACAACCACCGCAAAUCGAUAUGGCAACAUCGAUGGAUUCCGACUGUGAUGAGAUCUACUUGAUGCCUCAGAAUGAGUCAAAGAAGUUGAUCAUCCAUGAUUUCUUGUUCCACCACAGUAACAAUGAGUUCGAUAACGUCGAUGAUGAGUAUGAAGUGUCGGAGGAAGACCUGGAAGCAAUAGACACGGGUAAAGAUCAGGAUACGCUGACAAUUUAUAAGAUAUGCUCCAAGGAGAGCAUUUUAAGCUCAAAAGGUGAUUUGGACAAUAUCGGAUUGAGUUCAUCACUUGAUCCGUAUUUCCUGAAAUCUGAUUGUCUGACGGCGCUGGAACGAACCGCCUCGUUAGAGCUGCUGAGUAACUCUAGUGGAACGUUGAAUAAAUCUACUUUGACGGAUUAUGCAUUUGACACGGUUAAGAAUGCCAACUUAGACAGUUGUAGCACGUCGAGGCUGAGUUUAUCGCUGAAGAGUGAAAUCUUCGAAGAAACACUUGCGAAUGGAGCCAACGACGGAUCAGGAGAGAUCAAGCAGAUCAAGAACUGGAACAUUGAGGAUUUUACGCUGACUCCGGAAGGAUCGUUUUCGGACGAAACCAUGGAUGAGCUGUUGAAAACUCACUUGGCGGAAGAAACGGACAGGAGAACUCCAACUGAUCUUCAAGAUACGGAGGCACCCAAUCCGGAAUUGGUCCCCAAUCAAUCGACAAGCGAAUACACAAUAAUUGAUCUGGACGAGGAACCGUACAUGAUGGAUCCAACGAUAUCGGAUUUUACCAACGAAAUCACCAAGGAGUUUGAUCUGCUGUUCUCACGGGCUGAAACGGAGUCACGAGCCGCUAGCUACUCCGGAAGUCCGGUGUACGACGAAGAAGAUGCCGUAGAAGAAGAAGAAGAACAAAGCGAUGACCAGAAGGUUGUGCAACUGGUGCAGCUGGACGUACGGCCACCUGUGAUCGAAUUGCCCACUCGCUACUCCAUGCAGAAACUGGAACCCAUCAACCUGGACGCCGAAGAGAUCCAGAUAACCAGACAUACCGAGGACCAACUCAAAACGCAACACGAUAGUGCCAAAGUAGAACCUGUAGUAGAUAACAACAACAAGUGUAGUAAAGUAGAUAAACACAAAGCAGCUGCUCCGGAGUCGAAUCUCCGACCGACGGGAACGGGCGGUGAUCGUCUGCGGAAGGCUCGUAGUCAAUCCCUGGGUAACCUUAAGAACAAAACCAAAUGUUUUCCAUUAUAGAAGUUAAGAAACGCUGUAAUUAGUCGACUAGCUGUAUAGGGAAUGGGGACAGGUCGUCGGUUUGUGUUUCUGUUUCUAAUCCGCGACUCGCCAUUGAUUGUUUUGGUUCGACGUUGAUGUGUUAGAGAGUGUGGUGGAUAACUGUAUUUGCGGGAGAAAUAUUCGCGCAGGAAAUGUUAGGAGAAAUUUAUUCUAGAAGUCACGUUGCAACAAAAGUUGGGUUUUCUUCUGGGCUGGCUGUUUUUGCGGUUAUUUUGCAUGGUUUUCAAUCGAAACUUCACAUUUGUUCUUGUUAUUGUUUAGCCUUAAAGCAAAUGUUUACCGCCAUUUUGAAUUUUUCACAAAAUAAGAUUUUUUAUAUCCUUACACCAUUUUCUGUCACUUCGAGACCAUCAGCGUCAUGCAAUGUUUUAAAUUAAAAAGAAAAUGCUGCUAAAUACAUAAAAUGCAUUUCUGACACAAAUUACAAAAACUCUACAAAAUCGAAUAAAGAGGGUGUCGUACACCACACAAAACGAAAAAUAAAUAAGUUACGGGUUUGGCCGUCGGAAUUGAGUUUUUAAAAAAAGAAAACAGAACUUUACACUAACGCGAUUGAAUACCGAAUGACUUUAUUUCCUAGCUAAGCUUUCAUGAAACCUAUACCUGUUCUGAUGACCUAGUAUAUCCACAGUCCACUUUGCAGCGUUUGCAUUUCCGGGGCCGGGGUCCGUCUGUUGCUACGUCGUCGUCGCCGUCGUCGUCGUCGUCGUCUUGGGCACCUGCCAUGCUGAUGAUUGAUUUUAUGGUGGCGUGGACUUAGCCGAUGUGAACGGAUGGGGACUUUGGUUGAUUGUUAAAUUUGAUGAUAGUGGCAGGUUUCUGGUAGAUGGUGUCUUCUGUAACUACUCCCCCUUUAUUGAACUGGCAUCACUGUUCUGACACCGUUACGUGAAUUCAGUCAGGCAGCGAGCGUUACCUUUUGUUUUGUAUAACGUUAUUAAUAAAGUUACUACGCAAUUUCUGAAUCGGUCGUGUCGUGUUUUUAUUCCGCCGAAUUCCGAUAUAUUCCGGGUUGAUUAAUACUCUGCGAACCGUCCGCCCACAGGUUAUGGGCCCAGAGUAAUCGUCGCGUAGGAAAUUCCGGUCGAAG